CAUUGUGACCGAGCGGAAUGGCGUUAACGGUCGCAGCUGGUAGGCUAGUGGCAAGACAGGACCCAGCCAUCAGUAUUGGGGCUAAACGAUCGUUGUGUGGGGUAUAGUAUUCAAUCCGAUAUCAGGCGUGAUACCUCAGGCCCCAAGCGUCGUACCUUUUCAAGCCCUUCGUCCCCCGCUUGUUGUGCUCCUCAAGCUGUCGUGCCUAGUUGCCCAUCAAUUACCUUCUCUGUAUCAUAUUGUCAGUGUACACUCUCUAUCCUUUGUUUCUACACUCCACGAUGGCUACUUGCACGACCAUGACGGCGAGGGACCCGCAUCCUAGGGCCCCCACUCCUCGACCUCCUACUUCAUCUUUCCGGAUCCUGACGAAGCGGACGUCGUAUCAAUCUCUCCGCAGUCCGGUGUUGAUGAGUCCAAUUGAGAGGACAUUUUCGGCGGUGGAUCUGGGCUCCCAAGAUUCGCCUGGAUGGGAGCACAUCAAUGUCAUCUCGCCAAGCACCGCUUCACACCAUAGCUUGUACUCCGAUACAGAUGACGGAUUUCGGUCGCCACGACUCGCAUUACUGACCAGCAACUUGCACGCUGAACAUGAGGGUCGCAAUACGCUUAUUUCGCCUUCAGAUCCUGUUCCGCAGCCAGGUGAUGAACUCUUGUACGAUAUUGCUACCGAGGAGAAGCCUGAAAUGCCGUUCUUUCAUCCAGAGUUUCAGACAGCGGUUGCGAAGACGAAGCAGGAGAUGAAGGAUAUCUCUUUGGCCAUCUGGGGAUGUCCAGCGUCUCAUCAGAUGGGGUCGGAUCUGCAUUCGUUAAAGCAACGUGCGCAGGAGUUGAGCGAAUUUGAGCCUUCGAGUAUGAGGACGCUUGCGUUCGUUGGAGAAUCAGGAAUCGACAAAAGGAGUGUCAUUAACGCUUUGCUCGACAAGCCAUAUCUGGCUUGCACUGACACUGGGAGCCAUCAACCACCAUCCGUCAUUACCGAGUACCGCUUCCGCCCUGCUCAUCACAACGAGCCUUUCGGGGUCGAGAUCGAAUAUUCCACUACUGAUGACGUGAGAGAGCUCAUCGAGGAGCUAUUGCGAAGCUUUCGCGCCUCUCACAUUCCCGCUUUCCAAGACGUGCACGACAGCGAAGAAAGGCGCGAUAUCAGGCAUCGAUCUGAGAAGGCAUGGCAUACCCUGCACUCAAUGUUCCGUAACCAGCCGAUCUUUACCAGAGAGUUUAUUCUCGAAUACUCUGAUGACGCUGAAGUUCCUCUGAUCCGCCUACUCCAACAGUGGGCUUCUGAGUUUCUACACCGCCGACCUGGGGGUGCGCGAGUGCGCGACUGGUCUGCCACCGCAUUCAACAUCGAUGAAUGCACCGACAAGCUAGCCGCAUUUACCGCCGACCCUAUAGACGAAGGUACUCCGGCUCUAUGGCCAUUUGUCAAGGUUGUUCGAAUUUACCUUCGCUCCUCUAUACUCCACUCAGGACUAGUUUUGGCAGAUUGUCCUUCUCCCCGCGAUCUCAACUUUUCCCGUGCUCGUGCAACGGAAAGGUAUCUCCGCACCUGUCACGAGGUGUUUGCUGUAACGACCAUGGAGCAUGCCGUUCUGGACAAAGCUAUCUUGGACAUCAUCAAGCGCAAUGGCCGGCAUCGCCCUCUGCGGAUCAUCUGCACCAACUCCGACGACAUCUCUAUCCGCCUUACUGAGCGCAGCGAUCCAGAAGUAUCGUUGCAAGUGAGGACCUGGCGGCAACAGAUCGAGGCACUGCAGAAGCAAGCAAAGCGUAGCGAAGCACAGCGACGACAUGGGUUACCUGGCGCUUUGGAGGAAGAAGUGCGAUUCCGAGACAUGCUAGAGGAGAUGGAGUUUGGACUCAAGAAGUUCCUCGUCGAGCGCCGCAAUAGUCAAGUCGCGACUGAGCUCAUCAACAAGUAUGCCGAGGAAGUGCAUAUGGAUGACUUCAACGUCUUCUGCGUCAGUGCCCAAGACUACUGGAAGCAGCGAUACGAGGAACAGACACUAGCCGAGAGGAGGCUGGAAUUGAGCGGCAUCGUCAACCUUCGGAGGUAUUGCUACUCCAUUCCGGCAGAAGCUCAGUUCGAGGCAGCGACUGCCUUCGUCGAAAACGACGUGCCAGCGCUCCUUGGCUCGCUUCGGCAGUGGGCAGUUGGCGGCGCUGAUGAGGUAAGCAAGGAGAAGGUGGAAGAGAUCCGGCAAGUUAUGAAGAACUUGGAGGAAGUCGCUAUUCAGAAGUUGGUCCUUCCGUCCGCGCAAAUCCACCUCGCAAGGACGACCUUAGACCACGAGUUUGCGUCAGCCAUUGUUCUGCCCAUUCGGCAACAUCGUUCGGAAUGGAGGAACGCCGCGCUUGAAGCGAGCAAGGAGUGGACGAAGUGGGAUGCAAAAGAUUACCUAUCUUUCUGCCGCCACCACGGAACCCAUUUAACGAAAGCGACCGGCCCCCGAACCUGGAACGAAGAGCUCACCGCUCCCAUGCGUCUGCAGCUCCAGAGCAACUGGGGUUUCUUCCAAGAGAGUAUCGAAGGCAACCAGAAGGAACUGAUCGACUCCAUCGACCAAGUCUUCGACGAGAUAUGUGCUCCCCUGACCGCACACCUCCUCUCCGCUCCAACGUCCAUGCAAACUCUUCUCUCCACUCUUGCACUCCGCCGCCGCUGCAUAACUUACACCAUAAAAUCCUCCUUCACCGACCUCCUUGAAGCCAGCCUCAACAUAGAGUCCGAGGCGCUCUACGGCCACCUCUCCUCCUACAUUAACACGCUCAUGGCACCUGCUUACCAUGCCGCCUGCUCCCUCCCCUCCCGUUCACCCGGAUCGACUCCACCUCCCUCUCCAAAACCAUCGCCCACCCUCAUCGACCAGCAGCGCAAAGACGCCCUAACCACGCACAUAGCCUCCUCCCGUCUCUUCCCCAAACUCAGCACCAUGAUCGAGAAAGCGCAUCGUGCAGUGGUGCACGCUGCUUUCGAUAAGAUGGUUGAGGGGCUGACGCGGGAGGUCGAUGCGCUGAUAAGGGAUCUGGGGAUGGUUGGGAGAGAUGAGAAUGACGGGACUGAGGCGGCGAGGUAUGCAGAGUUUGCGGGGACUUUACGGGCGAGGUGUACGGCGGCAGAGAGGAGUGUACGGGAGGCGAAGGCUGUGCUGGGUGAGGUCAGGGCGUUAUAUGUAGUCGGUGCUGAGGAGUUUGGGGGUGCGUCAGUAGCAAAGUAACGUUUGGAUACCCAAUACCGAAGAUGCCAAUACUAAAUCUACGAUGCCUCUUUUAUAAACGUUCAUAAGAUGCCGGACCGAAACCCCCAAGAACCCCAAGAACCCUUUUAUCGCAAAAGAUGACAGGAUCGGUUCAAAAGUGAGAGGAACU